GCUGAUUGGCUGCAAGAGGGAAUCUUCAACUUCAAUCUUCAACCUCAACAGAAGACAAGGAUGUGAUUGGCCGGGAGACAGGAAGGACGUUGGAGGACAACAAAAGGCCACAUGAUGGGACAACAAAAACAAGCAAACAGCGCCCCCUUCCUCUGUUGCCGAUGGAGUGACUUCCUGUGUGACUUCCUGCCCCUCCUUGCCAGACACAAGCGGCCACAAAGAACCUGUUUUGGUGGCCACGUUCAACAUGAAGCCUCAGUCUUCAUCCCUCAUGGUCUUCUUCACCAAUGUCCUCUGCAUGACAGGAGUCCAGCUGAGCCCAGACAAAGCGGUCUUCCAGGCGCCUCACGGAGUCUUCAGGCAAGAGAACGACCAAGUGACACUAAGUUUCCGCCACCAGAUCCAGAACUACGACACCAUCCUGUGGUACCGGCGCUUGGCCGGCACCGCCGCCCUGGAGUUGAUCGCCUUGGUGAACUACAAGGAGCCCUCAGUGGUGGGGCACUUGAGGAGCCGCUUCAACGUGAGUGGCGACGGUGAGAAGAUGGCUCACCUUCACAUCCUCAAACCGAUACGCAAUGCUGACAGCGGCCAGUAUUUUGGUGCGACAAGUACCCACAGUCGUAAAGACCACUACGCUAGCGCACAAAAACCCUCCAGAAUGUGGAACAGUUAUGACCAAGCAUUCUUCGGCACAGGAACAAGGCUAACAGUUCUAGAACCCGACCUGAACAUCACGCCACCAAAGGUGACCUUGCUCAAACCUUCGCCACACGAGUGCAGCGACCACAAGGACGACGAGAAGAGGAAGACUUUGGUGUGCGUGGCCACCGGGUUCUAUCCGGACCACGUCAGCGUGGUGUGGAAGAUCAACCAGAAGGAGGUGAGCAGGGGCGUGGCCACAGACGCCCAGGCCCUGCGGAGCGGGGACCACUACAGCAUCACCAGCAGGCUGAGGGUCCCGGCCGGCAGCUGGUUCGACUCCGACACGGAAUUCACGUGCGUGGUCCGGUUCUUCAACGGGAACGAAACGGUCGACUAUCCCGCGUCCGUCAACGGAGAGAAAGGCUGGGGGGAGGAAGGCGCCGUGACACGAGAAAACUUCCUGAAGAUCUCGCAGAGCGCCAAACUCUCCUACAGCGUCCUCAUCGCCAAGAGCUGCGUCUACGGCGCCUUCGUCUUCUUGCUGAUCUGGAAGCUUCGGGUUGGUUGGACCCCAUGCGGCCUUCUAUCUGGCUUCAAACACAACAAGAGCAUAUUUAUUUGGGGGAUGUUCUAUUUGGCCUCCUGGUUACUUCACGGGACCUGGAGGACAUGCAUGACAUCAUAUGGACGCCGUAUAUGUAUCAUAUCUUUCAUUUACAUUCACUAGUUACUCAUCACUCAGCAACUGACCAUACCACCUUUCUUAAAGCUACACACCACCUUUUUACCUCGCCUUCUCAGGUUCUGGGGGACGUUAGAGGUGUGGAUCGUUCAAUCUAUGAGGUUCUGGGUGACUUUAGAGGCGUGGACCGUUCAAUCUAUGAGGUUGUGUGUGACUUUAGAGGUGUGGACCGUACAAUCUAUGAGGUUGUGUGUGACUUUAGAGGUGUGGACCGUACAAUCUCUGAGGUUCUGGAUGACUUUAGAGGUGUGGACCGUUCAAUCUAUGAGGUUCUGGAUGACUUUAGAGGUGUGGACUGUUCAAUCGCUGAGGUUCUGGUUGACUUUAGAGGUGUGGACCGUUCAAUCUCGGAUGUGUUGGGUGACUUUAGAGGCGUGGACCGUUCAAUCUAUGAGGUUCUGGAUGACUUUAGAGGUGUGGACUGUUCAAUCGCUGAGG